AUGUCUUACUCGCCCAAAAGUACUUACGUUCCAGGUGAACGCAACACUCCACCAGCGGAUGCACCUACGAGACGCACCGUUCUGUCUAUGAGCGAGUUCCUGCACAGUGGCCCUUUAGAUAUACCAGCCAGUACACCCUCAGAUGUUGGUGGCGGUGCGUCGCGCCUCUCAAGUCGCCUCAGCGACAGCCGACUGCGUUUCAUCAAGAAGGUACCAAUUGACCCCAGAAGCGAUCUUUGCUCUCCGAGAGAUCGAAGAGCGGCUCUUGCUGUGUAUGACGAGGCUAUUGAGAAUAUCAAAAACGGAAAAGGACAUCAUAUCGACGUGGAGACAGAGGCCGAAGCCAAGAUCGAGACAAUACUGGGGAUAAGAAGCGCAGCUCCGUCUCACCUUGUGUUCCAGAAGAACCUUCUCUUACCCAUCGAUCCAACAUAUGCAGAACCUCGAAUAGAGGCCAGCGAUGAUACAUUAGGUUAUCAUGCGUCUUGGAGAUUACAUGAAUGGCGACAAGAUGGUUGGCCAGCAUUGAUCCCAGGAAGGGCCAUUGAGAAAGAGAAGACCAUGAAAGGUGACCCUAGUACGUGGCGCGAGCGGGACUGGUCGUGA